CUUGACCUGGGCCGUAAGAAGGCGAAGGUGGACGAGUUCCCACUGUGUGGACACAUGGUGUCUGAUGAGUAUGAGCAGCUCUCCUCUGAAGCACUGGAGGCAGCACGGAUCUGUGCCAACAAGUACAUGGUGAAGAGCUGUGGCAAGGAUGGGUUCCACAUCCGUGUACGGCUGCACCCCUUCCAUGUCAUCCGCAUCAACAAGAUGCUGUCCUGUGCUGGUGCUGACCAGCUGCAGACAGGCAUGCGGGGGGCAUUCGGGAAGCCGCAGGGCACAGUGGCGCGGGUGCACAUUGGCCAGGUGAUCAUGUCCAUUCGCACCAAGGUGCAAAACAAGGAGCACGUCGUGGAGGCACUGCGGCGUGCCAAGUUCAAGUUCCCUGGACGCCAGAAGAUCCACAUCUCAAAGAAGUGGGGCUUCACCAAGUUCAAUGCUGACCAGUUUGAGGACAUGGUGGCCCAGAAGCGCCUGGUGCCUGAUGGCUGUGGAGUCAAGUACAUCCCAGGGCGUGGGCCCCUGGACAAGUGGCGAGCGUUGCAUGCUGCCUGAAAUUUGUCAUGUCAUAUAUCCCCCCCACCACUGGGGAUCCCCAUAAUAAAUGCUUUGGCCUCUU